AUGGACAGCGCCCAGGUCAUACUCUGCCAAGGCGAGACCAAAGUCGUCUACAAGCCCGACUUUAUGACGCCCGCGGAAAGCAGCGCGCUGUUGGCCUUGUUGUGCCGAGACAAGGACGUUUGGACGCGCGACAAGUUACGCAUCUAUGGCAAGGAGGUACUUUCGCCGCGCAAGGUGUGUGCCUUUGGCGACGCGGGCACGGCCUACCGAUAUGCCGGCAUGGAUCGCGCCAGCCGCGCCUGGCCCCGCGAACUGGAGGCCGUGCGCGACAAGCUGGAGCAACUGCUGGGCCAGCGGUUCAACUUUGCCCUGUGCAACAUGUACGAAUCGGGCCGCGACUAUAUUGGCUGGCACGCCGACGAGGAGCGCGACAUCGAGCCCGGUUCGACCAUUGCCAGCGUGUCUCUCGGGGACGUGCGCACUUUUUGUCUGAGGCCCAACGCGCGCGACUCGCCAGACACCUCGGUAGACCUCGCCGACGGCAGCCUGUUGGCCAUGAUGGGCACCACGCAGGCCACCCACAAGCACUGCGUGCCCAAGCGCACUAGCACCAAGCGAGCUGAUCGCGUGCGCAUCAAUAUCACCUUUCGCCUCUUGCGCCCGCGGGAUGCCGCCUCUUGA